AUGAAGCGCACGAAAUCUCUCCAAAAAGAGUCCUCCCCACAACCAGAGACUCUCUCUCGACUCACACAAGACAUUCUCACAGCACAAGCAUCCAUCAACCGGGAAAUUCGCGAUGAGAAACUCAGUGUACAAAAGGACUGCGCACGGCUACUCUCAUCUGCCAUCCAAGGCACAAGUACAAAAGACUUAGAGGUCGACUGGGACGACUACCUACCCGCGUUCACCUUGAACGACAACCUCAUACUAAAAAGACCGCUUCUCAGUGCCGGCACGGGAACUCCGACUCGUCCCAAGCAGCCAUUACCAAAUCCUGGGCGUGAUUUGGACCCGUCGAACGAAUAUGUUCUCCGACUCGGUGAAGGCGAUCUCCCAGACGGCCUACGAGCCAGCAGAGAUAUAGUGAUGACGAAAGUCAAGAACGAAAAGCUUCAUUGUUCCAAGGAGUCACUUAGACUGAUUCAAAAGAGCACGGGCUCGGCAGGCCUUUCUCCCCAGGAUCUACAUGAGCUAUGGGAUACUGUGAAGGUUGAGGGAGAGCCUGCGAAACCAAUAUACACUCCUCUCGUCAUAUCCACAGCAAAUGCUUUCCAGUUUGGAGGUCUAUCGCCAGAGCCUCAGUGGUCCUUCAUUUCUGUGUCCGAUAAGGCAGACAGCUCUGUAUCAAAGGCUCCUGAAACUGAGACCAGGGUAGAAAGUCCGCAACCAUCACUGAGUGGCUCAUCUAGCAGAAAACCACAUAACUCACAAUACCACAAUGCAGGUGAGGAUGGUCAAACAGCCCCCUGCGAAGAAAGUUCCCCUGCGAAGCGUUCGGUGUCAGUCGGUCUUUCUCUGUCCUGUACAUCGGAUGAUGAGCAUGAUGGACAAGACGAUCACAAAUCUCAGGCCAUGGGAAGCCAAGAGCAUUCCGAGACAAUGAUAAUCAACCUCGUUUCUCGUAAUAACACACCAUGCCCUGGGUCGCAAGAAGUAAGCACCAUGGCCAACAACAGUGGGCAGCAUGACGUCGCAUUUCCAUUCCACCCCGUAAAUAAUCCGAAUCCGAUCUCAGAACCCCAGCGAGAGGCGAGCCCGAGCCAGAUCACAAAUACAACAGUCACAGCCACCGAACAUACUGGGACUUCGCAGUUGAAACGGAGACGCGACAUCCAAGGCGACCGCACGAAGAGACCAAAAUUGCAACGAGAACGUGCUCUAUCUACUCAAAAACCUACUACAUCUUCAUUUACAACCCUGGGCUCAUUGUCCACGUUCAUGGAAACAAGGAGCAGGGCUAAACGCCACAUAGCGAAAAGCGCAUACUUCUCGAAUAAGUCCAGCGAUAUCUCACACGUUCAGAAGGACCCCGUCCCUGAGAACACGCCCGUCCCCCAGAAACCAUCCCAUGAUCACCACAUUACCAUCUCAAGUCAACUCACAACGCAAGUCCCCCAAUGUAGCAGCCAUCAUCACGCACCACCCAUCCUCUUCCUCUCAACCGCACUCCUCAAGAGCCACCUCCAACUAGUCCAAAGUCUCGAAAGGGCAGAAGAACGCCCCGUCAUCAUCUACAGAGACUACAACAACAACAUCGAACAAACACCGAAGCCCGCACCCACUCAGACAAACCAACCCAUUCCCCCAAAAGAAGCAGACAUCAUCAUUUCACCAACAACUAGCAUAAUCCUCACCACCUCGCAAGCCACAACCCAGCGAUACCUCCCAGGCCACAGACUGCACCCUCACAUCACCAGCAGUAGCAACAACAGCAACAGCAUCAAAGAAACUAUCAACUCCCCACUCCGCGAACAAAUCUUCCUCCUCGCACCGCGCUACGAACACAUCUACAUCCUCAUAACCCACACCACACCCCCACCCGCACAAAAUACAAACCCCAACCGCAACCACCAGCAAUGGACAGCCGACGAGCAAAUACUAUCCAACCUGGCAUCCCUAGCAGCCUUUUGCGCGUCCCUUGCCCCGCACGUCACGGUGCAGCCGUUGAUUAUCCCAUCGGGGACGGAAACCGUUGCACGCUGGGUACUAGCUCUCGCGAAGAGACACGCCAUUGCGUUCCCGGAGGGCCAUCAGGGUCUGGACAGCGUGGAAGAGACGUGUUGGGAGGUUUUUCUACGUCGCGUUGGAUUGAAUCCUUACGCUGCGAGGGCCGUGUUGGGUUCGUUGGAGGGGAGUGCCGGUACUGGAGGGGGAGGGGGGCUCUCAGGGUUAUUGGAGAUGCCAGAACAGAAUCAACGGGUCUUUAAUGAAUUGAUAGGCGAGAGGGUCUUUGAACGGAUGGAUGGAAUACUGGGGAAGGACUGGCAGUGUGACUGGGCGUUGAAUUUCGGGGAUAGUCAGGCUUGAGAUACGAAAUUAUACUAUUUU